AAGCCUAGCCUUACAGAGCGCCAAGAGCUCAGUAAACCUCGUGCGAUCCAGUUUCAGUUUCCAGAAUUUGUAACCGCGCAUAAGUUAAAGUUUAGCAACGCUGACCAAGCUCCCACAAAUCCCAGCUAUCCAGUAUUAGAACGCUCGAAGAAAGCAGAGCAGCGGUCUGUUGCCAUUCUGCUGAUAUCGGGGCUCGGCAGAUUUUUCUUGUCAGCUCAACGGCUUUGCAGUUACCUGCGAUUCCGCUGUGGUUAUAAAUGACACCCAUAUACGCCCGAGUCUUAUCAUAAAGUGACUCGUUGCCAUGGAUAGCGAGGUUUGGUAUUCCUUAAAUAGCUUUAAGCGCACCGUUAGUCGAAAUAAAAGAUCCUCAAUCAUGUAUUAAGUCAACCCUUUUGCGAUGGUAUUGAGAACAUCUGUUAACUCUUCAAAGCUAACACAUGUAUUCUCUAUCAACUAUUUCUCACACGUCUUUAACUUCCCUCUGAUCUUUGAAGUUCUUUACAAUACAUUCUUUUACCUAGUGAUCUUUUGAAAAAUAAAUAGGUAAGAGAAGAUCUGAUUAACGUUACUAAAGCAAUUUGUAACAAAGUUUUGACACGCCUCACAAGCACUUUGCAUUAGCACUAAGCUCAACUCUUUUCAAAAGAUCUUAUGACAGCCAUGUUCGCACGUUUGAAGCUUAAACAUCUGCUCUGCUGUCUGAUACUUUUGCCGCUUUUACUGCUAUCAAUACCUAUAAAUCUCCAAUCAUUGGGCAGAAGCUGUGGUCGCGCACAAGGCGAAGCGCGUUAUUUCAUACCCUUUCGUGGCAGUUGCUUUCACAUACCCAAAAGAUCGAUGAAUUGGUUUACGGGCUUGCGCUAUUGCCUAGUCAAUGGCCUGACAUUAGCUACCCUGGAUGAGCACGAAAAAAUGGUCUUGAUCACACGGCAUUGCCAGCGCCAUAGUAUGCGUCAAGAGUAUUGGUUUGGCGCCACGGAUCUUGGUAUGACAAAUGCAUUUUGGUAUAGUAGUAACGGUUUGCCAAUACGAUAUGGACCAAAAAAAACGUUGGAGGAGGAAUCCACAGAGCACUGCCUCAAAUUGAAUGUGCACGCAAAUUCAACAAGUAUCGCGAGAGAUUCAUGCCUCGCCGUACAUCCUGUUAUUUGUGAGCAAGUGGAGAGUGGCACGUAUUUUAGAGACUAUAAUAAAGUCAUGUGAAGAAUGUGCUUUGAAGAAAAUAGUGAUUUAUCAAUUAAUAAUAAACAAUUUUAUUUAUUUAAUCAGCGGAGCGAGAGAGACACAAUCAAAGAGGCAGCUAAUGGAGGUGGAAAAAAAUGUUGGAAGACUUUUCUUUUUAUUAUUCCGAGAGUAAACAUUUUGUUAGCUUUAUUUUAUUGUGAUCCCUGGUAAAACUAUGGAAAGAUUGAACAAAAGACUUUGCCUUAGAGUCUAAAUGGAUUGAAGCUCAAAGUUCGAGAUAUUUCUUGAUCACUCGCUUUUGUUUAAUAUAUACAAAAUGUUUUAGCCCAAAUGGUCUCUGGCCUUGGGAA